AUAAACACAUAGCUAACUGCUAACAGGGCUCGCAGAGGUGUGAAUACGGUGUGCCAACACACAUUCAAAUUAUUCCAAGUUGUACAGGUGUAUAUUGUAUUUAGCAGUGCACUGUUUAUGCACUGCGCAUCAAAGAGACUCAGAAUUACUGAAGAUGUCGAAAAGUCUUACACUGGGAAAAGAAGAACAUAAGUAACGCCGCGGGGAGCUCCUGUCCAGGCACACUGGUCCAUGUUUGUUGGACCUUUGGGCUCUGGGCUCAACUAGCAUGAAGAUGGCUGAUUCAGAGAAGGCAGAGGAAUUUGUGGAUGCAGAGUGCCCCCCAAAGUGCCUUGAUGAAAUACAGUCAGCCACGGCUUCUGUUCUGGGAGAACAGGAUGAGCAUCUGAAAACAGAAACAACCACCAGUACCAGCUCACCACUGAGGGAAAAGGAGGCAGAUAGCCCAUCGCAUACAGAGGGUGAGCAGAGUCUCCUCUCCAUGCCAUGCCUGAUGAAGGAGCUCCACCGUGACUCCCCAGAGUCACAGCAUGCCUCUACAGGGAGUGAUAAGGCCAUGUCUCGUCAGGUCUAUGAGAGUGACUCCUCAAACCCCUGCAUGCUCUCCCCCUCAUCCAGUGGCCACCUUGCUGACUCAGACACACUCUCCUCAGGGGAAGAAGGUGCUGCUCCUCCUGUAGGAGGAGAGGAAGAGGGAGACAUGGGAGCAGCAACUAAUCCUGGGCAGACAGAAGGAAGGCAAGCAUCUGGUAUGGCGACAGGGAGGAGGAAGUCCCGGCGGUCUCGUUCAGAGAGUGAGAUGCCCCCUAAUGCAAUGGCUGCAAAGAAAAAUUGCUCCCAGCCCACUGUGGUAGCGGCGGGAGGGCAAGAAAAACAAACCAAUGGCAAGCUUACGAAAGUGAAAGGUCAGCGGAGCCAGAAACACAAGGAGCGUAUGCGUUUGCUGAGACAAAAACGAGAGGCAGCAGCACGGAAGAAGUAUAACCUUCUCCAGGACAGCAGUACGAGUGACAGCGAGCUCACAUGUGACUCCAGCACCAGUUCCUCUGAGGACGAGGAUGUUGACUCUUCAGGAGGCAGCAAGACAAUCAAGACAGAUAUUCCAGCUGGCUUCAGACGUGCAUCGGAGAGAUCCAGAGUGGGUGCCCAGAUUCAUGGGUUGCUGGACAGCGGUUCGUGGGACAGGAAUGGCAUCGGCAGCGUUCUGGAGGAGGCCAUGACACGCUUUGCUGUGAUGCAGCGCCAGACUGAGGAGCGCUUCCGCAUCUGGAUGGAAAAGCUCGCACACCUCGACUCAGACAACGAUUCGUCCAAACGCUCAAGUGAUGCCCUAGAGGGGCCACUACAUCCUUCCCAGGGGGCACGCCCAUCUCCUCCCAGUUCCUUUCUACCAUCAUCAGAGUCUGCAGAGACUAUGGCUGCUUACAUGUUGGCACGAGAGAAUAACGGUCUCACCCCCAUAAACAACAACAUCCUACCUGAAGUGGUCACUCAGAAUGGAAACAUAGGUGUUCCAGACCCUGGUCUCUUGAAUGCUUAGAACUCACUUCUUCACUCCUCGCUGUUUCAUACUUUGAUCUUACCAAGUGCAGAACUAGUUGAUAGAGAAAGCAUGACAAUGGUUAUUAUUAGAUAAAUGAUGCAAAGUCACUACAUGGAUUCACCACGAACCUAAGCUGGUCAUUGGCUCUUGACUGUGCAGACCUAAGGCCCGGUGCAUUUGCUGGCACUGAAUCACUGUGAGAGUUGACAUUCAGAACAAAUCAGCUCACCUGUUUGAUUUCUAGAGCAUCUGUGACACAGAUGCAGGGCACAUCUCAGUAGGCUGUUGAGUCAGGGCUCUUAUUGUAUGGCUUGUUUGUUUUUGUUUACCAACUUACACAAUGCAUACACAAUCACAAAACCACACGUAGGAACUGAUUGUCAUUCAUACAGAAUGAGCAUUACAGCACCAGGGCAGCCAGCAUUAUAGAGCUACUGUAGAUGGGGUGCUGCUGCUUAAGAGCACGUGCCUUGUCAUUUUGAACUUGUGCUGAAAAUGCUAAUUAGCCUGUCAUAUUUAUUUAGCAAUCAGGUUCAACUCUGUACAUAACCCUUUCUCCCGAACUAUGUUUGCACUUUACGUGUAAGUGGUUCAGGACAAAAGAAACUUGUGACAUCCUGUAUUUUGGUGGCAUAGCUUUACUUGCAUUUAAACAUAGAUUUGCAUCCAAAUAUAAACGGUAUACUAACCCACACAAUUUCUUGUUUUUAAAAAUCUUAUCACAGUAUGUACUUAGUUUAGGUGUGUUUACAUAUUUUAAAAUUACCAUUUGGUUUGCUGCUAUUGCUGUCUUUGUGCAGUAAUAAGAAACGAGUGGAGGAGGAAUAACUUGAUUUCAGUAGAGUAUGUAAAGAUUAUGAACAUCAGAUGAGGCAUGUGUUCCUUUGUUGUGGUUAUUAGCCACAAUAUGAAGAGGCUCAAAUCUUCACUUAUUCAAUAUUCAGCUAGUUAAUUUUUUAUUUGCAUUUGGCUGCCAGUUUGGUCUGUCUCCCCAAGGCGCUGCGUGUUCCUCAGCCUGACUUUAAACUGAAACCCCAGGCGUCAAAGUUCAAACACAGCAGUAAUACAACUGGAGUAUGGUUCAUGGCACUGUUACUGAUUUCCUUACAGCAGUCUGAUCUGGGUAAUCAUAUGGCCUUCUGUGGUUCAAAUCCUGUGGUGUCUGAGGUGGAAACACUCCUCAACCCUCUUAGCACACUCUUACUGAUACUGAUGACAGUAGUGUCAAAGUUCUUAACAGUGCUAACACCAUCUAACCAUGGCAGACAUUGAUGGAGUAGUCUUUGGCCUAAUGAUGUUAGUGGUAACAUUUUCUGUAUGUGCACAUGUAGCCCUAUGACUGUCAGUUUUACAAGCUGAAAGCAUUGUUUCCCCACCUGUUUGCAUGUAAUUAUAUUUGUAUAUAAAAUGUGCAAGGCCAAAUUAAUUUUCAUCAGCAGCAUGUGUGCGAAGUAUAGCUUUGCUUAUGCUGAUAAAUGGUGACUGGACCAUUUUACCUUCUUAUGUUUUCUUGGCCUAAUGGUUUUAUUUGAAAUUGUGAAAUUUUGUGAAUAUGGUUUUUGUUUCUCAGUGCAUAAUAAUUUUGACAUUUUGGGUUUAAACGGAUCCAACAACUGCUGUCAUGCAUCAGUUACAGUUGAUCAACAUGAUGAAGGAAGCCUCAUGCAUAUAAGCUCAAACUACAUGCAUUUAAAACGACACUAAGGACAGUCCAUUGUUUACCGAAGAGACUCUCCUGGUUUAUAUUAGCCCUUUUUGUAUCUUGUAUACAUGGCCUUUACAUUGGCAUGUGUUUGGUUUCUCUGGUGACCCUGGUACCUGCCUAUUUCAAAGCAAUCAGCUGCUCAUCGGCAGUGUUCUCUCAUAGUACAUGCUGUCCAGACAAACCCUCUCACACACCCACACACGCGUCUGGAGAGCAGCGCGUGCGUCUCUCGCAGGGACUCCUUUUACAGGGUAGAACAAAGACACAUGUUCUUGCUCUUUCACAGAUUUCGUCUUCUGUUGUUUGGCUUUUACUAUCCCACCACAUUUCGCUGACUGAGUAAGGUUAUUGAAGUGUUUUGUAAUGACUGUAUUUUAGUGUAGUUUUUAUGUGAGUGGCUGUUAUUUUAAAAGCAAUAAAUAAAGAGAAAAAUGUUACCAAAGGUUUGAUGAAUUGCAGACAUCUUGUAUAGUAUUAAAUCCUCACUAGUUAGAAAGUGAUGUUCCUGUUUUACAGCAAAACGUACACUACCAAAUCGAUAAGCCAAAAUGUUUUGUUCUGGUCUAAAGCUUUGCACCUGGGAAAAUAGUGUGUUUUCUUGUGGAAACUGGAGAUGCUGCAGCUAGCCAGACUAUAGAGGCAGUGUCAAGUCUGUGGUCCAAACAGUGUCCCACUAUUUCCAGGCAUGAUUUGAAUAAUGA